AUGAAGGGAGCCUGCAUCCUUGCAUGGCUGUUCUCAAGCCUGGGAGUGUGGAGACUUGCCCGCCCUGAGUCCCAGGAUCCAGCCCAGUGCCAGAGGGCUGAGCAUCCUGUAGUAUCCUACAAAGAAAUUGGCCCCUGGUUACGGGAGUUCAGAGCAGAAAACGCUGUGGAUUUCUCGCGGUUAACAUUUGACCCAGGACAGAAAGAACUUGUCGUGGGAGCGAGAAACUAUCUCUUCAGACUACAGCUUGAGGAUCUGUAUCUCAUCCAGGCUGUGGAGUGGGAGUGUGAUGAAGCUACCAAGAAGGCCUGUUACAGCAAGGGCAAAUCAAAGGAGGAAUGUCAGAACUAUAUCAGAGUGCUCUUAGUGGGCGGGGACCGGCUAUUCACCUGCGGGACCAAUGCCUUCACACCUGUCUGUACCAUCCGCUCGUUAAGUAACCUGACUGAGAUCCACGAUCAGAUCAGUGGCAUGGCCCGCUGUCCCUACAGCCCCCAGCACAAUUCUACAGCUCUGCUCACAGCCAGUGGGGAGCUCUAUGCUGCCACAGCCAUGGACUUCCCGGGGCGAGAUCCAGCCAUUUACCGAAGUCUGGGCACUUUACCUCCUCUUCGAACUGCACAGUACAACUCCAAAUGGCUCAACGAGCCAAACUUUGUGUCUUCCUAUGACAUUGCCAAUUUCACCUACUUCUUCUUCCGAGAAAAUGCUGUGGAGCAUGACUGUGGGAAGACAGUGUUCUCUAGGGCCGCCCGGGUCUGCAAGAAUGACAUUGGCGGGCGAUUUCUCCUGGAGGACACCUGGACCACCUUCAUGAAGGCUCGCCUCAACUGCUCCCGGCCCGGUGAGGUGCCCUUCUACUACAACGAGCUACAGGGCACCUUCUUCCUGCCCGAGCUGGACCUGAUCUACGGCAUCUUCACCACCAAUGUGAACAGCAUUGCGGCCUCUGCUGUAUGUGUCUUCAACCUGAGCGCCAUCUCACAGGCCUUCAAUGGACCUUUCAAGUACCAAGAGAACUCUCGCUCAGCCUGGCUGCCUUAUCCCAACCCCAACCCCAAUUUUCAGUGUGGCACCAUGGACCAGGGCCUGUAUGUAAACCUGACAGAAAGAAACCUACAGGACGCUCAGAAGUUCAUUCUGAUGCAUGAGGUGGUACAGCCGGUGACCACGGUGCCCUCCUUCAUGGAGGACAACAGCCGUUUCUCCCAUGUGGCAGUCGACGUGGUGCAGGGCAGGGACACACUUGUCCACAUCAUCUAUUUGGCCACAGAUUAUGGUACCAUUAAGAAAGUGCGGGCUCCCCUGAGUCAGACCUCGGGCAGCUGCUUGCUGGAAGAAAUUGAGCUUUUCCCAGAGAGGAGGAGGGAGCCCAUCAGGAGCCUGCAGAUCCUCCAUAGCCAGAGUGUCCUGUUCGUGGGGCUGCAGGAGCAUGUGGCCAAGAUCCCCCUGAAGAGGUGCUACUUCCACCAAACACGCAGUGCCUGUAUUGGUGCCCAGGACCCUUACUGUGGCUGGGAUGUGGUGAUGAAGAAGUGCACGAGCCUGGAGGAGAGUCUGAGCAUGACACAGUGGGAGCAGAGCAUCACUACCUGUCCGACAAGAAACCUCACUGUGGAUGGGAGCUUUGGCCCUUGGUCUUCCUGGACACAAUGUACACACACGGAUGGCACUGCUGUGGGAUCCUGCCUCUGCCGGUCCCGUUCCUGUGACAGCCCAGCUCCACAGUGUGGUGGCUGGCAGUGUGAGGGUCCCAGAAUGGAAAUCACCAACUGUUCCAGGAAUGGAGGCUGGACGCCCUGGACCUCCUGGUCACCCUGCAGCACCACUUGUGGCAUUGGCUUCCAGGUGCGUCAACGUUCCUGCAGCAACCCCACACCCAGGCAUGGAGGCCGCGUGUGUGUGGGUCAGAACCGGGAGGAAAGAUACUGCAAUGAACAUUUGCUCUGCCCGCCACACGUGUUCUGGACAGGUUGGGGACCAUGGGAACGAUGCACGGCCCAGUGUGGGGGUGGCAUUCAAGCCCGCCGUAGGACCUGUGAAAAUGGGCCUGACUGUGCAGGAUGUAAUGUGGAGUACCAGCCUUGUAACACCAAUGCAUGCCCAGAGCUGAAGAAGACCACACCAUGGACCCCAUGGACACCUGUCAACAUCUCGGACAAUGGUGGUCACUAUGAGCAACGGUUCCGAUACACCUGUAAAGCUCGCCUGCCAGACCCAAACUUGCUGGAAGUGGGGAGGCAGAGGAUUGAGAUGCGGUACUGUUCCAGUGAUGGCACCAGCGGCUGCUCCACAGAUGGACUGUCUGCAGACUUUCUACGAGCUGGCAGAUACUCUGCCCAUACUGUUAACGGGGCCUGGUCAGCCUGGACUUCCUGGUCGCAAUGCAGCCGAGAUUGCAGCAGGGGCAUUCGGAACAGGAAGCGUGUCUGCAACAACCCAGAACCCAAGUAUGGGGGCAUGCCAUGCCUUGGCCCAUCCCUGGAGUUCCAGGAAUGCAACAUUUUACCUUGCCCAGUGGAUGGCAUGUGGUCCUGUUGGUCAUCCUGGUCAAAAUGCUCAGCAACCUGCGGGGGUGGACACUACAUGAGAACCCGCUCAUGUACGAAUCCAGCCCCAGCCUAUGGAGGGGACAUCUGCCUGGGACUGCACACGGAGGAGGCCCUCUGCAACACACAGACCUGUCCAGAGAGUUGGUCAGAGUGGUCCGAUUGGUCUGUGUGUGAUGCCUCUGGCAUCCAAGUCCGUGCUCGGCAGUGUAUUCUUCUGUUUCCUGUGGGCAGCCAGUGUUCUGGAAAUACCACUGAGAGUCGGCCAUGUGUGUUUGACUCUAAUUUCAUCCCAGAAGUGUCCGUGGCAAGAUCCAGCAGCGUAGAAGAGAAAAGGUGUGGAGAGUUCAACAUGUUCCACAUGAUGGCCGUGGGGCUCAGCAGUUCCAUCCUCGGCUGCCUCCUGACCCUGCUUGUCUAUACCUACUGCCAGCGGUACCAGCAACAGUCUCAUGAUGCAACUGUCAUCCACCCUGUCUCUCCUGCCGCUCUCAACAGCAGCAUAACUAACCACAUCAACAAACUGGAUAAAUAUGACUCAGUGGAGGCCAUCAAGGCAUUUAACAAAAACAACUUGAUCCUAGAGGAGAGAAACAAAUACUUCAACCCACAUCUCACUGGGAAGACCUAUUCCAACGCCUACUUUACAGAUCUCAACAAUUAUGAUGAAUACUAG